GGCCGGACCCGGGCUGCCCCCGGCCCACCCGAGGCCGGUGUCGCCCGGCCCCUGCCGACCUCGGACCGGACCCCCGGCGCCCAGCCUCCUCCCCGCCCCCUUCCCCCGGGACGGGUGCCCGACACCAACUUCUGCUCGCGAACUCCGUUCUGCCCCUUUCUUGGCCCAGGGCGACCUCGGCAGCCCUGACAGCGACAGGCCCGCCGCCGCAGUGCCCAGAAAGGCCCCCGGGUGGCCCGGCGCCUCCCCGGCUCUUUCUGGAUGGAGGCGCCUCAGGAAGGAGCCGGCUGACGAUUUGGCCUUGGCUGCCCAGCCCCUGCUGACCAUGAACACACCUCCCCUAGUGCAGAGGCCGCGGUGAGGGGCAGGAAAUGCUGCGCCAGCACAGCUGGCUCCCCGGGGUCUUGGUCUGAGCGCUAGGAUGGAGCUGGGGCCAGCGACUGAGACCUUCAUGCUGGAGCUUCGGUGUCUCGAAGAUGGGGGCCCUGGGCCUGGCACCCUCUCAGGUGGCAGCGGUGGGAGUGAGAGUCAGGAGGAAGAAGAGGCUCAGGAGAAUGGCAGCCCACCGCGGCCAGCAAGCUCAGCCCCGACGGGGGCCAGUGAAAUGGCUGAGGAAGCACAGCAGGGGCAGCCGGAGUUGCAACCACAACAGUCACAACAGCAACCAGCGCUGCAACAACAGCCACGGCAGGAGCGGCGACCACAAAGCAGAUCCCCAGGACCGCAGCAACAGCGGCAAGCUGACCGAGAAUGGCUGCCUCGACAAGAGAAGCACCUGCAGGAAAACCCCCCACCUGUGCCACCUCAGCAGCUGAAACCACAGCUGCCGCCGAUGCCGCCGCAGGAACAAUCAGAGGAGCAGCAAGUGCCAGAGCAACACCUGUUGCAGCCACAGCAGAAACCGUUACCACAGCACCAACAGUUACAGAAGCAGCAGCCACAGAAGCAGUUAAGGCAGCAGGAACCGUGGCAGCAGGAGCAGCAGCAGCAGGGACAGUCAGGGCAGCAGCAGGAGGAGGAACAAUUCCAGCAACAGCAGCAGCAGCAGCAGGAACUGUUACAACAGCAGCACCUGCAGCAGCAACAGUUACAGCAUCAGCAGAAGGCGGAACAGUUACAGCAGCAGCACCUGCAGCAGCAACAGUUACAGCAGCAGGAACAGUUACAGCAGCAGCAGCAGCAACAGCAGCAGGAACUGUUACAACAGCAGCACCUGCAGCAGCAACAGUUACAGCAGCAGCAGCAGGAACUGUUACAGCAGCAGCUGUUGCAGCAGCAGCCGCAACAGCUGCAGCAACAGGAACAGCUACAACAGCAGCAGCAGCCCCCUCUGCUGGAGCCAGACGAGGAGGAAGAGGUAGAGCUGGAGCUCAUGCCAGUUGACCUGGGGUCGGAUCAGGAACUGGAGAGGCAGCGGCAGGAGCUGGAGAGACAACAGGAACAGCGGCAGCUGCAGCUCAAACUGCAGGAGCAGCUGCAGCAGCUGGAGCAGCAGCUGGAGCAGCAGCAGCAGCAGCUGGAGCAGCAGCAGGAGGUGCGGCUGGAGCUGACCCCCGUGGAGCUGGGAGCCCAGCAGCAGGAGGUGCGGCUGGAGCUGACCCCCGUGCAGCCGGAGCUGCAGCUGGAGCUGGUGCCCGCCGCAGGGGGCGGCGGGGCUUCGGCCCCGGGGGCUCCAGCCGCCGUCGUGGUGGCCCCCCCGGGCUACGUGGUGCUGCAGGAGCUCAUGGUGCUGCCGGCCGUGGCCGCGCCGGCGGUGGUGGCCAUCCCGGGCCCCGCGGGCAGCGCCGCCCUGACCCCGGCCAGGCAGCGGCGGCGGCGGCGCGCCCGGGACCGGCCGACCAUCUGCGGGGAGUGCGGCAAGGGCUUCAGCCGCAGCACGGACCUGGUGCGGCACCAGGCCACGCACACGGGCGAGCGGCCGCACCGCUGCGGCGAGUGCGGGAAGGGCUUCUCGCAGCACUCCAACCUGGUGACGCACCAGCGCAUCCACACGGGCGAGAAGCCCUACGCCUGCUCCUACUGCGCCAAGCGCUUCAGCGAGAGCUCGGCGCUCGUGCAGCACCAGCGCACGCACACGGGCGAGCGGCCCUACGCCUGCGGCGACUGCGGCAAGCGCUUCAGCGUCUCGUCCAACCUGCUGCGCCACCGCCGCACGCACUCGGGCGAGCGGCCCUACGUCUGCGAGGACUGCGGCGAGCGCUUCCGGCACAAGGUGCAGAUCCGCCGCCACGAGCGCCAGCUGCACGGCGCCGGCCGAUCGCGGGGCCUGGGCCUGCUCCGCAGCACGCGCGCGGCCACCGGCGGCCCCGCGCGCCCCGAGCAGGCGGCGGGGGCCGCGGACAAGGCGCCGUGACCGUGGCCGGCGGGGAGGGGGUGGGUGACGGGGGGGGGGGCGGGGAGCCGGGGUCGGUGAGGGCACAGGUUCCUCCCGCCCUGUCCUGUGGUGUGCGCGCACCUCCUGGAAGCCGGCUGCUGUAGGGCUCCCGGCUGUGUCCCUGGUUAGCUGAGGGUAGGCCAUGGUUACGCACGGACCCUCGGAAAGGCUCCUCGAGAAAAGCCGCUGGGGCCAAAAGGCACAGGUGUGGCACACCAGGACAGACAGCACGCCGCACAAAUUCGUUGUUGGGUACCGGUCCGUGAGGAGUCCGCUAGAGCCCUUCCCCCAGAAAACUGGACUUUCUUGAAGUGACAGCCACAGGAAAAAAACUGCCAGUGACACGUGUGACAGUUGGUGACAUUUGACACGCAUCGAACACUAACCCGGGAGUCGGAUACCUGUGGCGAAACGCACACGAAUAGGAUUUGAUCCUGGUGAAAAUGACUUCGAGGAAAAGAAAUGGGGGAGAAAGGAAAGUUAUCUGCACUUUGUAGAAAACCAUCAAGGCAUUAGAUUGUCCUCAAUGGCGUUUGCCUUGAAAGUACUUUCUAGAAUGAAAACUCAUCAGGGUGGAUGUAAUCCUGAUUAAAAUGUUUGUGUUCAUAAGCACAGGGUCAGAGUGUCCACUGGGUUAGUGCACAAAUGCCAGGAAGCCCUUCUCUGGGCGGAAGGUAAAACCUCCCUCCAGGUUAACCCAGGGUUCCAGCAAGUGGCAGCCCUCCAUGCUGCCAAGUCCCCGUGCCCACGGUGGCCUGUCAGUGACCUCUUGAAUAGGAGCCCGCGGCUGAAGCAGAGGGCAUUCUGGGAAUGCUCUCCAAGGUCCAGGGGAGUGUUCCCCUUGGGGAAGGAGCUCCAAGGUAGCCCCACCCUGACCUCCCUGGGAUCCAGCCGCUUUAGGCUUCUCAGAUGCUGGCCCAGGGACUGAGGCUAUGGGGUUGGGGCCCUGAGACCCAGGGGCAGGGUUUUCCUGGGCCCGGCUCUGCAGGGGGCUGGCUCGGGAAGCCCCUGCCUCCUGGCUGCAGUGGUGGGGAUGGCUGCGGGGGUGGGGGCAGGGGGAGUCAGAGGGAGAAGUUGGGGGACGAAGUUUGGAAGCAACAGAAGUGCUCUCUACAACGUUUACAAAACCAUCUGGGGGUCUGUAAGAGCAUCGGCUAUGCCCACGCCUGCGGGAAGGCGGACGGUGGGGGCGCUCCGCCCCUUCUGCCCCCAAGUGCUUCCUGCUCUUGACCACCACCUUCCCCACCCCCUACCCCCACCCCCGUGUGCAGCUGCUUAGAUCCCGCCCCUCUCUUUGCUCCCUGCUUCUCCUUUACUAACACAGCCUGCUACAUUUUACGAAUGUGUUGGUAAGUGAGAAACAAAAAUUGAAAAAUAAAUUAAAAUGAAGAAAUGCA